UCGGAGUUGGGGAUGUGGAGGUAGCAGGUUCACUGCUUGUCUCUGUCUGUCUGCACUGUAAAUGUGCUCUGGGGUUCCGGCCUGCUCGUUGUGUGGUCGUAUGCGGCCGGUAAUUGUGACCGGGGAUUGAGCUGUGUGGUGUAGGCCUCUGUCCCUUUCACAAGGAGAAUGGAUUUAGUAAGAAAGGGCUGAAAGUGAAACGCACAUCAAGGGAUCGAACUCCGUGUUUUUAAAAAUAAUAACUUUCUUUUGUGAUUAGUUGAGCUACUUAGUUUUCAGAGGUUUGACCCUGUUUUGUUCAGUUUUUAAAGACAUGCCUCCAAUUUGGCAAAGUAUUUAAAAUAUUUUUAAAAUGUGCAGUAUCUGAUAGAUCCAUAGGUGUGUAUACUCUUUCUUGCUGCUUGGCAUGUCUGAUUUGGCUGUUGGGAUGGAGCCCGGUUUCUUGGAUGGGCUCAAAUGGGUUGGGCUGUUUGUUUUAUUUGUGGCCUCAGUCCUCACACUGGUGAUGUAUGGUCUUCAGUGGGUCUCAGGGCCUUCCUGGGGCAAGGGUAAGACCGUCCCCAAAACUGGGGCUACAGCAGGUGCUCCGCUGAGUGAUCUCUGUUUGGGGGCAGCUGGUCUCCUCUCCUGGGUGCUGUCCUUGGAAAGCUGGAACCGUGAAUGGAAGAAGGCCUGGCUCACUGCUCUCAAUGAGGCAGUUGCAAAGCAUGGGAGUUCGUUGCAACUCAGUGUUGAUAACGUCGGCCCACAUUCAUCUCCCCUUGUUCUGAGUCAGAUUACCAGCGUUAUCAAAUCAGACCGACACUUGGUUUUUGGAUGCCAAGUGACUGGAGAGUACGCUCAGUUUUCUGUCACUGUGACCCAGGACUCGCCUGUUGCUAUGAGACUGGAAUCUUUUCAUAUCCAAGUGUCUCCGCUUCAUAUUCAGCUGGAGAUUCAUAUUCAAGAAAUUGAUGUUGUCCAAGUCUCGUGGAAUCUUGUCGAGUCUCAAAAGUUAAACUUGGAAGUGACACCAAAAGUAAAAAGAGAGGUGGAUGAAGAGGAUACAUACCUGGAGACCAUCUAUACUUUGUUACAGGACAUGUUGAUUUCUGCCCGCCCUAUGGUCUUGAUGAGUAUGAAAGCAGCACCUUCAAAGGAAAGCCAAAAUUUUCCUUUUCCUCAAAGUUCGCAGAGUGCGGAAUUGGCCUCCCCGAUCUGCUCGCCUCCCAAACCACCGAGAGCUCACGAGCGCAAACUUCUUGUGAAGAUCAUUAAGGUGGACAAUCUCUCAGAACCUGAUAUUGCAGAGAAUAUUCAUCCAUACUGCAUCAUUGAGUUAGACGAUCCAUUGCAGAAAGUCUCCAGCUCAGUGGUGAGCAGCAUUUCCAACUCCUUGUGGGAUGAGCAGUUUGUUUUUGAAUUGAGUGCCAAGUCCAAGAAACUUCACCUGCAAAUAUUGGAGGAUGGAAAACCCUCAGAGAGUGCAGUCCUUGGUGAGGUGACAGUACCCAUAGACUUGUUCAAGAAACAGCCCAGUGGGAGGCAGAGCUUUCGUCUCGGGAGCAUGCAGAAUGGGAACAGUUCAGGAUCCAUCACGGCUGAGUUCUCUUACAUGGAACCACAUGAAGUUAAAUGUCGGCAAUCACUCUCGCUGCUUUCAGCAAAGAAAGUGGAAAAGGACCGAACGGUCAUGCCUUGUGGUACAGUUGUUACCACAGUAACUGCUGUUAAGACCAAGCCCCGAACAAAUGGGAAGCCUUAUGGUACUCCAACAGACUCCCCUAUAAAGGCCUCUACAGAAAUGAAAGAAGCUGAUGAAGAGUCCUUGACUCUGGGAAAAUCUGAACAGGGAGCACCAGUUAGCAAAAUCUUGUCAUCAUCUGAUACAGAGCUGCUGCAGUUGAGUGGCACAGACCCUGUGGCUGAAGCAGCAAUUCGACAGCUAACAGAGUCGGCAAGGCAUGUGUUAAAGUCCCCCAUCAAGAAAAGUACGAUUGUAAUUUCGGGUGUUACAAAGUCUCCCUUGGCCGUUGAUGAUGAAAUGACUCUGUCGGCUGAUUACGCAGCUGUCAUGGAUGUGUCAUUGCAGGAAGAACCUCAGCCCCUUGCUUCCUCCGACUGCAUCUCUGGGCUUCCCUCGGAACAAACGUUAGCUCACAGUUUUCCCUUGGCUGAGCUUUGUGCUGCAGAGGGAACUUCACUGACGGCACCCACAAUUCGAGCAGGUCAAGAGUUCAGUCAGUGGAAUGAUGGCCGUCAGGAAGACGUGGAUUUUGAACAGCGGUCCAAUCUUUCUGUGCAUGGAUCGGAAACGGGAACCAUGAAAAAGUCUCGAGGCGGCUUUAUGCGGAGUGGUGCAAAAUUCUUUUUUCGCCGGCGAAGACAUCAGAAAGAGCCUGGGAUGAGCCAGUCGCAUAAUGACCUUGUUUAUUUGGAGCAGCCAAUGCCCCUGGAGAAAGAGAGGAAGUCGACCAGGAAGCAGAUUAAGAGGCUUUUCCCGAAGUCCAAGAGCAAAACUAAAUUUAACAGCCCCACUGUGGACUAACACUUAUGCUGUCUCUCCUUCCCCCUCUUCUCCAAUCCUCCUCUUCCAUCCACGCUGUUGCACUGUGACUAGGGAAUGUGCAAAUUCUGAAAGCCUCAUGGUAUUACUUGACUUGCAAUUACUGAGGCGUGCUGCAUCAAAAUUAUUCCAACUUAGUAGGAUACUAAAUUUUAAAUGUUACUUAAUGCUCACUGAGGUAAAUUGCAACACUUUUUUUAUUUGUGGUGUUUUUGAGGGCAGUGGGUGCGAACGGGGGAAAAUUGUUGAUGGGCUUCCAUUAGUUAAUAGAUUUCCUGUAUUGAGCUUAGUGCAAGUUUUUGAAAAUUUUGGGGCACUUUGAACAUUGCAUUUCUAUGUACCCAGGGCCAAUCUCGGAUAAAACUCCACUGCUUAGGAACCUCACUUGAGGUGUUCAUAAUCGAUUAGAGCUAUCAUGCCAGAUUGGAGGAGAUUUUUCAAACGUUUGUGGCCUGUGGCCAGAUGCUCUUCAAUUGGCUUCCGUCAUUUGAAGUUUAAAAUUUAUUGUAGUUUUUAAAAUAUAAAAUUGGGUUUAAAUCUUAUCUAACUUAUGUCCUCGGUUCCAUUAUUCUUUAUUCUUCUUGGGACUUGCUGCUCCAUCCACUACCCUUUUUGCUCCACUCCAUUCAUGUGUCCCCAUUUUUCUGGAGCACUUGGGAUAGUAACUGUUGAUAGGCUCAAAGGAUGCAACAGUUCCUCAGGCAACCAGGCCUCACUGAGCCAAUCAGAAGGAUUUGGACUGUGAUGAUUUUAGUCUCUGUUCCUUCCAAAGGACAGCCCUGGAUGCAAGAGUAUUAUUCAGAGUAGGACUUGUGGUGAGAACACUGACUUUUAUCAUCUUCACCUUUUUUUCUUGAUCCGUGCCAAGCAUUUUACCUUGAAACUUAUAACUGAAUGAGAUGGUGUAGUGGUUCUCAUUUGGUUGUAGGAUCUGCCAAAUAGUCAUAUUGCAAUAGGUUUAGCAGUAGGGAGCAUUGUGCUGUGCAGGGACCAGUACCCUGUUUCGUUCCUUGCUAAGAAUUUCUUGCAGCAGGUAAGGCAAUAAGAUUUUCCUGGAACUGGGAAGAAACAUCUGAGAUCAGCAAAUGGACUGAUUGUAUUUGGAAAAGUGGCAAAAGUGAUGGAAUUCUGAUGAGAAAGUACUGAUAGGACUCAAUUAAUAUAGGAGACCUUGUUUCAUUUCUGAUGUUUUAAGCCAGAAUGCCAAAGCCAUUGGGUUGGUUUUGUGCCAAAGAGACACCACACCUUGUAAAAUAAUAAUUUCCACUACAGAGGGCUUCAGGACUGAGCUCGACAGCAUUAACUUCCCCUCCGGGGCUCUCAGCAUCCUUGAAUUAUCGCAGUUUGUCAGUAAAUAUUACAAGAUGACUCUUUGCUUUCUAGAUAGGUUCACAUUGCCCAACUGUAAACUGUGAAGCAAGGAAGAGGAGCACAUGUCUGAGAAGCCCCAUGAUACUAUUAAAGUUUCACUGACAGUAAUUUUUCACUACGUCAAAGGUAUUUGAAAUAGGAUACAGAUCACAGUUGAGUAAGUUUGCAUGUAUGUUAUUGUAACAUUUUUGUUUGUCCUAUUGGGUGGUAUUUUGAGAAUCGUAACACCGCCCUUUAACACUUAAAAUACAAAAAUCUUGAGCUUCCUACAGGCUGUUUGAAUGUGCUGCUGCACUUUAAGUGCCACAUGUUUAGUGAAGCCAGAGAAUCUUCCAAAAAUGCACUUGAAUUUUUUUCAGACUGACUUGACUGGAGAAGUUGUCACUGGAGUCCAUCAUUUUUUUUUGUGCCUGUUCUAUUCACUCCCAUGAUGUCAGGUUGUUGUGUUACCGCUCAAGUUUUGAGGGACCGUUUCCUUCCAGCUGUCUGUGAGGGAAAGCCAAAGAACAGUGGGAUCCCAAUAUCUAGUUUUCAGCGUGCAUUUUUAAAAAAAUUGGAUUAGUUAAGAAGGCCAAAUACCUGACCGUAUUUGCUGGGGUAUUAGUUCAGGCUUCAGACCGAAGAGUUAAAUUGACUGCAUUUUGUACCUGUGUGUGUGCGCGUGCAUGGAAGGAUACAGCAAUAGGACAAAUUUCACAUUUUGUACCUUCCUACCUCUGGUGGCAUUUUUUUAAAAAGAAAACGAAACCUCUUUGUUUGGUUUACAGCAAUUGUGACCAGUUGCCAUCUCCCUGCUAUUACUGUUUUUGCUAUUGCCAAGUUUGCCUAAUGGUAUUUAGGAGUCAUUGAAUAAAUGUAAAGUGAUCUGCCUUUCCUUUGCUUUAGGGUGCACUGCAACUUAAUGCAAAAUACUGUGGAUGCUGGAGAUCUGAAAUAAAAACACUUCAAGAAAUUCAGCAGGCCUAGCAGCACCGGAGAGAAACACAUUUGGUGUUUUGAGUCCAAGAUGACGCUACUUGAAACCAAAAGUACGUCACAUUGGACUCUAGGCACAAGCAUUCACACACACCCUAUCUGUCUGUCUGUCUCUCUCUCCCUCUCUCUCUGUCUCUCUCUCUCUCGUGCGUGUGUGUGUGUGUGUGUGUGCGCAAUGCACAUGCAUGUGUGUCUCUCCCCACUGAUGCUACCAGCCUUGUUUCUCCACUUUGUUUUUAUGUACUGUAGCUUAGUAUGACUUAAGUUGCAGCCAUGUAUUUUUGAUCUACACAUGCAAUUGUUGUCUGUUUUAGCUAUCCUGACAGAACAUUUACUGCUUUCACAAACUCAAAUGUAGUGACAAAAUCCAGAAACUAUACAGGUUGUAUAGACCAGUGUAAAAUAACUUGCAGUUUUUCAGCAUUCUGUUCUCAUCGUGGGGCUGUAAGGACAGACCCACUGCCGUGAUGCUCCAGUUCACGUGAGUGGGCAAGAAGACCAGUGAGCACCUUGUUGCUGUUUCCCAUGCAGUUUGAUUUGGCCAAGCUGUGCCUUGACAGCUGACUGCUCUGUUGGAUUUUGUCACUUCUUUUAAACCUUUCCUAUCUUCCUGCUCCCCCUCUCCUCCCCACCCCCAGCAACGUUUUUUUCCUCGCAUCUCAACACCCUUCCCCUCACAGACAAUGAAUUAUUUUUGUGGGGGCAAGGUUUUCAAAAAAAAAAGUCGUGUGCUGGGUUUACGUGACACUGUUCCUUCAGUAUGGGCUUCCAGGUAUCCUUUAUAGCUCAGUGAUUAUUUUUAAUAGGUAUUAACCGACAUUACAAGUAAUAAUGUUGUAAGUAUAGAAUUUAAAAGAUGAUUCCCAACGAGUGACCUACCAAUCAUUGUGUGAGUGUGUUUCCUGUAAAUUUGGUGCUUUAGUACUGAUGCCUCCUGAAAAUGGAAGGCAUGGUCAGUACAAAACACAUUUCCAGAGUCACUAUUGUUUCGUUUACACUUUCUCUCCCCAUGUUAUUUACAACUUGUAAAUCCUUGCAUAUGAUUGUACGUUGAGCUGAGUAUUUGAUGGGGGUUAAGCCCAUGACCAAAGAGUGAAAAAAGGGCUAUGUAAAGCCACCACUGCAUAAAUACUGUGAAGAAUCCAGCAUUUAAAAUGUAUUGUUUCUGUGUAAACUUGUAAAUGUUGUUAUUUUAGCAUGGAUGCAAUGAUUGUAGGUUACUCGUCGACUGUAACUGGAACCUUCUUUUGGUGCUCCCUACCUACCUGGAAUUAGUAAAGGGAAAAUAAGUGUAUGAUGUUUAUGGAACUGAGCCAGGAACCAGAACUGAAAAUGGAUUGCACACUAAGUUAUUGCCAAUGAUCAAAGCAAAUGCUGCAUGUUAAUGAUCUUGCAUAAAGAGGAAAAACACUGAAGUUACCCAGUUGCCUUCAUAUGUAAAACUUGUGUCUUAAUUCAUGUAAUUAAUACAAUAAA